UUUCAAGCUCUCUGAAAUUUGAAUGGUUGCCUUCAAGUUCUGGCACCUUCUUUCUAAUCCAGAUGAAUUACCUAAAGCAGGAUGUCCUCUGCAGAGGUAGCCGCUUAUCAAGAGGGCGCUCCAACAUGUUCCAGCUCUUGGUUUGUCAGCAUGCAGAAUGCAGCAAGGGGAGGUGAACGUUCCGUGUGGAUAGAUACCAAGAAGCAGGGACAUCUAUACUUUUUCAUACACGUUCAAAGCCUUUUGUCAUCAACGCCGCCACGCGCCUUUUAAGGCUUGCGGAUGCACCAUAUUUUCCAAGGGAGCCCGGUGCCGCGCCCAGCAGCGUCGAUCUUGACAUGUGACUGAUGAUGUGACUGCGCAGCGCACCAGGAUAUCUGAGCAGUGCCGCAAUCUGCUAUGGAGGCAAUCUACCCGACUUUCUCCCAAGCCCAAACUGCCCCAUGGAAGCUUCAAAACGGGAGCGGUUCUAAAUUGGUAGGCACGAACAGGGGUAUCUAGACGUGACCACUGAUCGUGUGUAGUCCCCCCUUACUUCAGGGCUACAAAUGGACGGACCAGAUCAACGAGGAUUGUGGGCAGAUCACGCUUAUUACGCCAGGAAUAUACCAGGUACCAGGGCUUUCUGAACCGAGGAUCAGGACGGACGGUUCUCUAACCGGGGGGGGAAAGCGAAAGCGGGUCGGUUUCGGCUCAGGGGGUACUUCCAAGGGGUUCAGGACCCCCUGUGGAACAGCAGGGCGCGGGAGAUCAGGACGGACGGUUCUCUAACCCGGGGGGAAAGCGAAGCUGCAGGGCAAAGCGGGUCGGCUCUGGCGCAGGGGGUACUUUCAAGGGGUUCAGGACCCCCCUGGAACAGCAGGGCACGGGCGAUCAGGACGGACGGUUUUCUGACGGGGGGGCAAGUGAAGCUGCAGGGCAAAGCGGGUCGGUUUCGGGUCAGAAGGUACAUCCAAGGGGUUUAGGACCCCCCCGGAACAACAGGGCACAGGGGAUCAGGACGGACAGAUUUCUGACGCGGGGGAAAGCGAAGCUGCAAAGCAGAAGAAGUCCGCAACGUGACGCCUCAGGGGGGCAACUCCAAGGGGGCCAGGAGCCCCCGGAAUAGCAAAGGAUUAGUGCAAUAGUUUCGGAUAUCCUUCGGAGACAGUUUCCGGGCAGUUUGCCGGUGCCGCCUGACGCGGGGCUACGCAGCAACACAAGCCGUCCGUAAUUGGAAGGAUUUGGUUCCGGGGAGACCCUAGUUGGGGAGCGGAACGGCCCAGCUUUGUCCUUGGGGGAGUCUUCCAGGCGACUCAUUGGCCCCAGAAACAGCAAUACAAAGGGGUGUACUGAGUCAACUUUGUUUCUGGGGUUACCCGCCGGUUAGGGAGUCCGGUCUUUCCCUAACCCCCGCCGCCAGAAUGGAUGCCGACGGCCCCGACGCAGAAUUGAUAGCGCUUUUAACCGAGCAUAUCCAGGCACUUUUAGGGGAGCAGGGGAGGGAGUUCGGAAGGGGGGAUGAGGGUCCAGGCAAAUUGUCCCCCCGGAAAGUGCUCCGGCUGCAACAGCAGCAUAAGAAGUUGCGCGAAGCUGCGACGUUUCUGCAGUUGCUGACAGGGGCGGCGAGUACCGCCAACCCGGGGAGAAGAGAAGCUAACCCGGGGUUAACAGGAGUUAAGCCGGGGAGAAGAGAAGCUAACCAGGGGGAAGCGGCGACCGGCACACGGAAGAUGGAGAACAGGUCGGAGCAGUCGAGAGACUCCGGGGGGGGUCAAGGGCCCAGCGCUCGGGGGGGCGCGUCGGCAGCCCCCGUGUCCUCAUCAAUAAGCGGAGGGUUUUCCGCGGCUGUCUCGGAAGUGCAAGGGAUUGCCGCCAAAGAGCGCCUUUUCUUGAAGCGUCUGCGAUCGCUCGAGCGGCGGAAACCCGUGGAGAAAAUGACGGGCGACGAUUUCCUCGAGCUGAUGGACGUUUUCCACCAGGAAGGUCCGGCCACGUGGCAGCUCGGGGGCGCUGCCACGUGGCCGCUCUCUGCGGGCCCCCAAGUCUCGGGCAUCAGCCGUGCGCCCAGUGCGCCUGCGCGGUCGGAAGCGCAGGUUUCCGCCGCCCCUAGUUCGUUCGUCAGCAACGGCGGGGGUGGGGUGAAAAGGCCCCACAGCCUGGAUCUGAACCUGCCAGCCUUUGGGGAGUUCGUUCCGGCCGCUAAGCGGGGAUCGAUAGAGUUUGUUGCGGCGGGUGGUGUAACGGUCGGGGCGACCCUUGCGCCUCCAUUCCCCGUGUCUUGGUCGCCUGCAAAGACGCGGGACGCGGUUCCCGACACUAAUGCAUCGCAAGCAUUAACCGAAACUGCCUCGUUGGGUUCUCCGUCCUUGUCAUUGUCUCUCUGUCCUCCAGGAGAGCAUCCGCCAACACACGAUCCGCAAAUCGAUUUGAACCGUGAGCCGGGGUGAGCGGAUUGGGAGCAAGCGGCUCAGCGUUUGUCUAGGUAUAUAGCAAGUUCUAGAAGGAGCUGCUUCGUUCGCACAACGUGGUGGGCCAGGGUUUGUGGAGUAGGAUCGCACAGCUAGUCAGACAUUGCUUUAUUAAGCAUAUGGGCUAGUUAAAUGGGCCUCCUCAGAUAGGUCCUGGCCGUCCUCUUAUGUCUCUGGAGCUGUCGUGUAAGGAGUGCUCUUUGGAGCUGCCAAGGGGCCUCAAGUUUAUCAGCCGCGCAGUGGGUGAGCACCUGCGGCAAACUGCCAUAAUUGCAUGCGUAUGUAACAUAGGUUGUCUAGUGCUUUCGGCUCUAAAGCAUUAUCAAUUCAGGGUCCAUAAGGCGCUCUUACUGUAGCUAGGGACUCAUAUACUAGCAAACACAUGCACGACAUGUUUGCGUUCUGAAUCAAACCUCGAAGGACAUAAUCAAGUGGGCCGUCGGUGUCCGUCUUGAAUUGAGAAGCGUUGGAAAUAGUCAUUGUAGAAGCUGUUUUCCAUUGUUGCUCGCAGCGGAAGGCCGUCUGCAGACAAACUUCGACUCAUACCAAUCAAUGCACCGUCAGUAGUCAAAGCUAGUUGCUCACUGUGUACUUUUGAUAGAACACUACCGUAGUACACAUUGAGAGAUUUUGUCAUAUCAUAAUUGCAAGUCCGACUAGGCUAAAGAAAUUACUUGAACCUUAACACUGCACUGCAUUUGAAGUGCCAUGUUAUAAGGCUAUUGCACAACUUGAACGUAGUGAGUUUGAUCCGGC